UUAUCCGUUUUAGUCAAAGUAACCGAAAAAAACUUGUCGGGUCGAAAUCCAUGGCGUCUUUACUCUUUACCUAAUUUGAGUACAAACCCGGUGCCGCCGAGUCAACCGUUUCUCUUCGCAUUCCAAUUUCCUAACUCGGUCGCUCCACUCACCCAACAAAUUUCCCCAUCGCAUUUCCUUUUUUCUCUCAUCAAUUUGCCUCACUGCAACUCUGUAAGUCUUCGAUCUCCAGCUUCGCUUCUCCGUUCUCGUGAAUUCGCGCAUCUGUAAGCUAUGAGUUUUGUUUUUCGAGGCACAAGAGGAGAUAUAGAAACUGGAUUUCCAGGCCUGAUCCCAGAGCGGCGUACUGUGCGUGUUCAUGCUGCGCGGCCAGUUAAUAGCAACUCGCUUGCUUUUCUUGUUACAGUGCUCUUGAUGUUCAUGAUUCUAAACUCUCAUCAAUUGUCACCUAACUUUUUGCUAUGGUUGGUGCUUGGCGUUUUCCUGAUGGCAACAACACUCAGGAUGUAUGCAACCUGUCAACAACUUCAAGCUCAAGCACAGGCUCACGCUGUUGCAGCUAGCGGUCUUCUUGGUCAUACUGAGUUACGGCUGCAUAUGCCCCCAUCCAUUGCUCUUGCAACCAGAGGACGGUUACAAGGACUCAGGCUCCAGCUUGCACUUCUUGACAGGGAAUUCGAUGACCUAGAUUAUGAGACUCUGAGGGCACUAGAUGCUGAUAAUGUUCCUACAACACCUUCCAUGACUGAGGAAGAAAUAAAUGUUCUUCCUAUUCAUAAAUACAAGGUUUCUAGGCCUCAGAGUUCUUCAGCACAGCAGGCAUCUUCAUCCUCAGCAGAGAAGAAGCAAGAACCUGUAAAUUCCGCUGCAGUAGCAAAGCCCACAGAUGAUGGACUUACUUGUAGUGUCUGCUUAGAGCAAGUUAACGAGGGAGAACUUAUUCGUAGCUUGCCGUGCUUGCAUCAGUUUCAUGCUAAUUGCAUUGACCCCUGGCUGAGGCAGCAGGGAACGUGCCCUGUCUGCAAAUUUAGGGCUGGGAACGGGCCAGUAGAAAUGGAGGAUGCCUCCUACUUGCUUAACUUUUAAUCAAUCUUAUGUUUGUUAUAUUAUCAUAGGUCCCAGACUCCCAGUCCCGCAGGUACAUAUGUCCCCUUAGUCAAAGUAGCAAUUCCAUGGCACUGGAUGGAUGUCUAGAUGUAGUUGCCCUCUGCCAAUAGAGCAUCAGAAAAGCGUGUUUACCAUAUUUAGUUAUUCGCCAGUAUGGUCAUGUCACUCCUUUUUGUAUACGUAUCUUUAUCCAUUCAAAUGAGAAGGGUUU